AGUUGACGGGUGCAGAAAAUCAGUAAUGUGCCAGCGCCAUGACAGCGCUCCCAUCGAAACGCCUGGACCUCUAUCGUUGCAGCGCUGCCAUAGGAGCCUGCGGGCGAGCAGAGGAGUGGCAGAGGGCGCUGCGUUUGCUCCGGGACGCCGAAGAGGGGUCCGUGCGCUUGGAUUUGGUGGCCAUCAGCAGUGCCGUGAGCGCAUGCCGCAGCUCCUGGGACCAGGCUGUAGCGCUGCUCUUCUCCGCGAUAACGAUGCACUUGCAGCUGAACGUGAUCGCCUGCAGUGCAGCCAUCAGCGCGUGCGCCGCGUGCGCCGAAUGGCAGCCGGCGCUGGCCGUGCUGCGGGCAAUGCAGGUGACGCAGAUACCUCCCAAUAUGAUCAGCUACAAUGCGACCAUCAGCGGCUGCGGAAAGGCUGGUGAAUGGCAGCGUGCACUGGCGUUGCUACACCAAGCAGACGCAAGCGGCCUGACCCCUGACGUAGUCUCCUUCAACGCUACUUGCAGCGCGUGCGGCAACGGCGGAGCAUGGGAAGUUGCACUGUUUCUGCUGGGCGAGAUUUCAAAAAGAAGCAUGCAGCCCACCAUCAUCUCGUGUAAUGCUGGCAUCAGUGCUUGCGAAAAAGGCGGGCGCUGGCAGCAGUCACUUCAUCUGCUGUCCCAAGUACAUCGACGGCAGCUUCAGGCAACGAUCAUCACCUACGCAUCUGCAGUCAGCUCCUGCGAAAAGGCGGCCCAAUGGCAACUUGCGCUGCAGUUGCUGGAGGAGUCAAUGUCCAGCGCGCUGGCGCCAAACGUCGUCUUGUACGGAGCCGCCAUAAGCGCCUGCGAAAAGGCCGGCGAGCGCCGCGCAGCUCUGCGGCUGCUGGGCGACGCAGCGUCUGCACGGCUCGAGGCAGACGUGGUGAUGUACAACGCCAGCAUCAGCGCCUGUGAGAAGGCCGGUGACUGGCAGCAGGCCCUCAGUUUGCUGCGGCUGGCCGACGGCAACGUCAUAAGCUACAACGCCACGAUCAGCGCAUGCGAAAAGGCCUCCCACUGGCAGCAUGCUUUGAUGCUCAUGGCCGAGAUGGCGAGCAAGGGCUUGGAGCCGGACAUGUUUUCACUGAGCAGCGCCGUGCGCGCCUGCGCCGUUGGCGCCUGGCGCCAGUGUUGCGCGCUGCUGAGCGCCUCCGUCGCUACCGCGGACGCGGCGGCCUACAGCGCGGCGGCCAGCGCCUGCGGCAGCCCCUGGCGCUUGGCCCUCGCGCUCGCGGCUUCCGCCGCUUCCGCCGCCGGCGCCUCCGCCAGCGCGCCGCUCUGCGGGGCAGUGGUGACGGCUUUGGGGGAGCGGCGCAGAUGGCGAAGCGCCGCGGAGCUUCUGAGGCAAGCAGCGCAGCGCGGGCUGGAGCGCGGCCUGGCCAGCUGCGCCUUCACCACGGCCUUGGCCAAGGCGGGCCGCUGGAGGCUCUGCUUGAUGGAGAAGGAGUCCCAGUGGCUGCAGAACCUGGCGGUGAGCGCGUGCGAGAAGGCCUGCGAGGUCUUGGCGGCCGAGAGGAACCCCGGGACGCGGCGACCAAAAUGGGAGCGGGGCGCGGCGACUGAAGUGGACCCACACGCUGAAUCCUUUCGUUACCUCAUUUGCGCACAGGGACAGACGCACAAGUACUUCCUGGAUCGCCAGCCGCGCGAGUGCAUGCUCGCUCGGCGCGACAAUGCGGGCAUCAUCAGGUACACCGCCGCUACCCAGUUGCUGAUCAGUGCCAUCGGUGCCUGCAGCAAGGCGUCCUCCUGGCAGAAAGGCUUCCACCUUUGGCAGACGCUGCGCCUCGGCACGGUGCAGAUCGACGUGGUUCUCUGCAGUGCUGUGCUGAGCCUCUGCGAGAAGGCAAAGAAGUGGCCGGAGGCUCUGGCGCUGCUUCAGGACGCGGAGGAGAGCUUCUUGGAGCCCAACGUGGUGGUCUUUAGUGCGGCCAUCAGCGCUUCAGCUGGGCAAUGGCAGUUGGCCUUAGACGUGAUGCAAACCAUGCGGCACAAGCAGGUGCGGCCGAACAUGAUCACUUUCAAUGCGACAAUUAGUGCCUGCGGAAGAGCUGGAGAGUGGCAGCGUGCACUGGCAUUGCUGUACGAAGCAGACGCAGGCAGCCUGAGCCCUGACGUGGUAUCCUUCAAUGCCACUUGUAGCGCGUGCGGCAAGGGCGGAGCAUGGGAAGUUGCACUGUUUCUGUUGGGCGAGAUUUCAAGAAGAAGCAUGCAGCCCACGGUCAUCUCUUGCAAUGCUGGCAUCAGUGCCUGCGAAAAAGGCGGGCACUGGCAGCAGUCACUUCAUCUACUGUCCCAAGUACGUCGACAGAAGCUUCAGGCAACCAUCAUCACCUAUGCAUCUGCCGUCAGCUCCUGUGAGAAAGCCAGCCAGUGGCAACUUGCUCUACAUUUCCUGGGCGAAUCUACGGCCAGCAGACUUGCGCCGAAUGUUGUCUUCUACAGCGCCGCCAUCAGCGCGUGCGAGAAGGCCGGCGAGAGCCGCGCAGCUCUGCGGCUGCUGAGCGAUGCGGCGUCGUCACGGGUCGAGGCAGACGUGGUGAUGUACAACGCGACCAUCAGCGCCUGUGAGAAGGCGGCGGAGUGGCAGCAGGCCCUGCGAUUGUUGCGGGAGGCGCGGCCGAAUGUCAUCACCUACAACGCCAGCAUCAGCGCAUGUGAGAAGGCCUCCCACUGGCAGCAUGCCCUGCUGCUGUUGGAGGAACUGCACGCGGGUGGUUUGCAGGCGGACGUGUUUUCUUACAGCGCAGCCAUCAGCGCAUGCGAAAAAGCCGGCGAGUGGCGGCCAUCGCUGUCUCUUCUGUCCUGCUUUCAGUCAGGCGAGUUGGAAGCCCACAUUGUGACUUUCAACUCCGUGGUCAGUAGCUGCGAGAAGUCUGGCGAGUGGCGGUUUGCUUGGGACUUUCUGCACCUCGCAGAAGACAAGUCUGCACAGGCCAAUGUCAUCACCUACAGCUCCGCCCUCGCCGCCUGCCGGCCCGCUUGGCGCCGGGCGGCGCUGCUCGCGGCCACCUCGGAGGUGCAAGGCAAUGUGUUCACUUUGGGCGCAACGGUGCGAGCCUAUGAGAAGGCGGACAAGUGGAAGCAGGCACUCUCUCACUCGCAAGCCUCAGCGGCAGUGAUCAACUCCCAGAUCUCCGCGUGCGAGCGCUGCUUCUUGUGGCGCCAGGCGAUGGCGUUGUGCGGCCAACUCCCACGGAGAUCCCUGGAGCCCAACGUCAUCACCUGCUCCGCCGCCGUCAGCGCCUGCGAGAAAGCGCUCCACUGGCGAGAAGCGCUGCACCUCGUUGGCUUCACCCAAGGUGGCGCGAACGUGGUCACGUACAGCGCGGCCAUCGCGGGCUGCGAGGAGGUGGACAGCAGGCAGACGCUCCUGCUGCUUCACGACAUGGAACGUGUGAUUACGGCUGUCCUGCGGCCGGACUAA